AUGGCAUCACAAAAUAUACCUAUGCCUAUAGAUUCGUUGCAAAAGACUCUUUCCAGAAACUCAUUUUUGUCAAUGCCAUCACCCGGGAUUUCUUCUUAUUUCAGUAACACAGAGAUUGAAGCCUGGGGUUAUAUGGGUUGUCUUGAAUAUUUAGCAAAAGUGUGUGUGCAUUUGACAUCAGAUGAUCGUGACGAAAUUCUUGGCAAAUAUAGGAAUCAUCUGCAUUCAAUAAUCUCGUCUACAUCAACUCUUAAAAAAGCAAAAGACAGAGCCUAUAAGCUGAAUGAUACUGCGGAACGUUCAUUUCAACGCAUAGAUACUACCUUGUUUUUUAAAGACUUGAUACACAGAUGUGUAGAAAAUACGGAUAUGAAAGAUGAUCAUUCAUACAAACGCCCAAGACAAGCAAAGAUAAUUGCAGAAGAGGACAAACAACAACCUUACGCAAAUACAGCCCUAAAAGCAGACGGUGAUAAUUUUGAUAGUAGGAUGAAGAAGAUAAAGAUGCAGAAAGAGUCAAAGGAACCACAUUCAUAUGCGCCAUCUUCUCGUAUGGAUAUCUGUUCCGAGUAUUGUUCACAGCAACAAACAUCAAGUGAUUCGUCAUCUUUGUUAUCUGUUUUGAAGAAAUAUUGCACAAGGAAUCCACCUCACUAUAUGACCCGUAGCUUCAUUGUGGAUCUGUCGCUAUCUUCAAAAAUAAAAGGGCAGUUUAGCAAUGAGGAUUGGAUCAAGUUGGUUAAAAGGAGACCUGAUGUGUCCAUAAAUCUUAUCAUCAUGAAAUCGAGUCUCUUAUUUCUCACCUAUUUAGCCAAAAAAUGGAUCUAUUACAAGCUCGCAAAAAAUGAGAACGACUGGGAGAAAAUAAAACGUUGGGUUGAACGAGUAACAGGACAAUUUCUGGAUGUAUUUGAAUCACUUCGAAAUCCAUUGCAAAAUGAUUGUCAUGAACGAGAAUGGAUCGGUGAUUAUUUAGUCCCGUUAAUACAAGGAGUUCUGAAAUUAGAUGGCAAUUUUUAUGUUCCAUGGGGGGAGAUUUCUGUUCUGGCAUCCCUACGUCGCCGAAAUAAUGAUAAGGAUAUACUCAUCGAACAGCUUGAACGAAGCCAUCAGGUGGAUCUUUUAUGCAAUAAUGAGCAGUACGAGAUUGCCUGUGCACUAGCUUGCGGAUAUGCUCGACGAUCUAGAUUAAAGCUUCUUCAGGUUGGAAAGGUUGGAUUACGGCCAUAUAUAAUAGGAAUCCAGUCAUAUAUGACAGAAGUUCGAGUCUAUCUAAUGGAAAGACGUGAGAUAUACUUCCUGCAUCAUCUAAAAUCUUUUAACCUCCCACUCACAUUUUCAACCUAUCACUACUUGAAAGUUGCUUUAAGAGUAGCAUGGAACGUUAGGGGCUUGGUUAAUUCCUUGGUCCGGGAACUUGAGACGAUUGUUGAUGAUAAUGAUGAUGGAUUUAAAACUCCCCCAAUAAUGUUGUCAGUAGAGAACUAA